GGGGCGGGCCGGGGCGGCCGCGGCAAGAUGGCGGUGGCGGGCAGGGGCGCUGCGGCCGUGAAGCCCAUUUUCAGCCGCGACCUGGCCGAGGCCAAGCGGCGCGUGAGGGAGCUGUACCGCGCCUGGUACCGCGAGGUGCCCAACGCGGUGCACCUGUACCAGCUGGACAUCACGGCGAAGCAGGGCCGGGACAAAGUGCGGGAGAUGUUCUUGAAGAACGCCCAUGUGACGGACCCGCGGGUGAUCGACAUGCUGGUUAUUAAGGGGAAAAUGGAUCUCCAAGAAACCAUAAAUGUUUGGAAGCAGAGGACUCACGUCAUGAGGUAUUUUCAUGAGACGGAAACCCCACGACCUAAAGACUUUCUGUCCAAAUUCUAUGAAGGCCACGAUCCGUGAAACAGAUUCUGUGUCCUCCUGUCUUGUAUUACAAAUAAAGUUCUACAUAAUACAAAAAAAAAAAACCUGUACAGACAGAUUGCAUAGCAGCCUAGGAGCCUAUUGAAUAAAUCUGAAUCUGGUAUGUA